AUGCAAGCCCAAUUUCAUCUGAUGCUCGUGAAGCUAAGGAGUAUAUGGGACCUUCGGCUUCUUGCACAUCUCGGAGAUGUUGACAAAAGAUCUGACUUCGCAUUGAGGUUGAGAAGAGAAGUUGUAGUUGUAGUUGUAGUUGCUGAUAAGAUAAGCCCUCGCUUGGGCUUAGUCAUCCCACACUCCCCUCAAACAGCGAGCAAACGACUUUCUCCUCUAAUGUUAGUGUUAUAUCCGGAAGUUUCGUUUCAAGCUAACACAAGUUUUGCUAGAAGUUCUGGAGCCCUUUGGGAACGAGGGUUAGUUGGAGGCUCCAGUGACCGCGCAGAGUGCAGACGUAUUUGCCAUUUUCGUGAUCUUGCUUUUGUCCAUUGUUCACUGCCUUUGACUUCGACUCUUUUCCAGGAGUGUUUCAGUAAGAUCUCUUCAACAUCUCUUGACCGACCUACCAUAAAAGCCUUAAUAUGGAAACUCGAUGUCCAGGUCAUUUCAACGGGGCGAAAUAUUCACGCCAGACCGUGA